GAUAUUUGUGAGAUGGGGCUGCUCCUUUGUGGAUAAGGCCUGAGCAUCUUGGAGUUAUGGUUUCAAAGCAGAGUUUGUGCCUUGCUCUAAAUUAAAACACCUUUGAUGGUGGAAUUCGCCUAUUGAAGCUUAAAAGGAAUUUGAAAACCAAGAACCCAAAGAAAUAUAUUCUUCAGUUUUCGCCAUCUCUCAUGUAAUGGCUAGUUCUCUGAGCUUCUUGUCACAGCCCAGAAUUAGACCUGUAACCAAACGUCCUCCCAAUCCCUCAAGCUCGUUUCUUGAACUAUUGAGUGUUAGCGGUAACAGUUUACAAGUAACAAAGAAUAAAGAUUUAGCUGUGGUUUCAAGAGCUUAUCAACGAGAAAUUGCUGGUGUUCAAGGAGAGAAUCUGGUGAGGCCAGAUUUUGAGCGUUUAUGCAAAGAGGGGAAAGUGGAGGCAGCUCUUGAAAUCAUGGAUGAAAAGGAGAGGAAUGGAGGUUAUGCAGACUUGCUCGAUAUUGUAAAGUUGAUACAAGUUUGUGCUGAUUUGAAAUUGCUGGAAGCAGGGAAAAAGGUAGAUGAGUAUGUUAUGAAGUCUUCAUCAAAUUUCAAGUCCAGUGUUGUUGUGCUGAAUAAUCUAGUGGAGAUGUACUGUAAACUGGGCGAUACAAAUGGGGCAAGAGAAAUAUUUGAGCUAAUGGGAGUGAGAAAUUUGGAUUCUUGGAACAAGAUGCUGUUGGGUUUAGCAGAGAACAAGGAAGGAGAAAAGGCUCUUGAAAUCUUUUCCCAGAUGAAAGGAGAUGGGAUUAGGCCAGAUGGUUCUAGCUUUGUUGGUGUUUUAAUGGCUUGUGUAUGCUUAGGAGCAGAAAAGGAGGGACAGAAACAUUUCGAGUCAAUGAGCAGGGAUUAUGGAAUCACUCCCACGGUAGAGCAUUAUGAAGUUAUCGUUGAUCUUCUUGGAAGAACAGGAAAGAUAGCGGAGGCAAAGGAGUUAGUUUCAAAUAUGCCAAUUGAUCCAAACUCCAGAAUUUGGGAGACUCUACAGAAGUACUCAAAAGCCAGAACACAAGGGCAACUGGGUUAUCCAGUAUCACCACCUGGAUUGAAACUUGGUGAUAUGAAAAGGGCAAAGGACAACAUCAACACAAAUCAUAGAAGAGUGACUUCAGACAGAAGCAAGGCAUAUGAAAAGUUGAGGUCUUUGAGUAAGGAGGUAAGGGAUGCUGGAUAUGUGCCGGACACAAGGUUUGUGCUUCAUGAUCUUGACCAAGAAGCGAAGGAGAAGGCAUUGUUCUACCACAGUGAAAGGCUAGCCAUUGCUUAUGGGCUUAUCAAUACACCUCCUGGGACCACUUUAAGGAUAAUGAAAAACCUAAGGAUUUGUGGGGACUGUCAUAAUUUCAUCAAGAUCCUCUCCAAAAUCGAGGACCGGGAGUUUAUCGUGAGAGACAACAAGAGGUUUCAUCAUUUCAAGGCUGGAAACUGUUCCUGUCGGGAUUACUGGUAGACUACCAAAUCUUCGCAAUAUUUACUCUAUGAUUUGGUGAUGGCAAACUGGUUUUGUCUUGGCAUAACGAAGCAUAAUGUUGCUUCGCAUUGGAUCAUUACAAGUUAUUGACUCAAAUAGAGACUCUGCUUGUAUUUCACAAGUCAUCAACAUGAUCAUCACAUGGGUGACAACAACUUGGCUUUCUUUCUCUUGGCAUUGCAGUGCUUUGCAGUAGAGAUUGGCCAUAAGUUCUGUUCUACUCAAGGCUGUGUUCAAGUUUAAGUAAUAAAAGAGAAAAAAACUCCUUGUGUUCAGCAUAGAA